UCUGCAACUAUUCUGUAAAAUCUGCUUACAGAGAAAUGUUUGGUCAGCGGUGGUUUCCUUGGGUUAGUGGUCCUGCCCCUGCACCCAUCUCCAUCACGGACAAGAAGGAGCCAGAGCCGACCUCAGAGUGUCUGCCGCCCAAACCUCUCCUCUGUCACCACACGUAUCCCAUGAUGCUCCUCUCUGCCCUGUGCUUUCUGCUGCUUGUGACAUGCAUCACUCUCUCUGUCAUGUAUACAGACCAGUGCAGCAGCAAACCCGAAUGGAACCACCUCCUGUUUGACUACCAGAACAUCACUGAAAACUACAUUUCUGUAACUUCAAUCAACAACGACUUGAAAAGAGACAAUAAAAUCUUAAUUGACCAUAACGCCGAGCUGGAGGAGCAACAACAACUUCUUAACAAGUCUAUGGUCAGGUUAUUGUCCCGAGAACUUACCACAACAGAGGAACACGCCAAACUAAAGGAGAAGAUAGACAAUUUAACCUCAGUAAAUGCGUAUCUCACUGACGAAUACAGCAAAGUGCUUCAGGUUAGCGUGGACCAAGAAGAAACAUUGGUGAACAUGUCCCGGACUAUAGCAGAUUUGUCAACAUUCAGUCAUGAGUUGCAAGAAGGUAAACAAAAGCUGGAAGAGGCGAGCAGACUUUUGCGUGAUGUCAAUAAAAAAUUACAAGAUGAGUCAGUGAAAGAAAGGGAGAAGUUUGAGGAGAUGUUAGGAGAGAUGAGAGGACGAAAUCAACAUCUGACUACUGUGUUAGAAAAGCAAAGAACAGACUUGGACCACUGUAAAGAGGAAGUAAAGAAAAUGGCGGCCAAACUACAAUCUGUGGAAGAGGCCUAUCACUCUCUGGACCGCUCCUGCCCAGUGGUUAACCAGAACACACAAGAGCGCAUGUGUAAGAAGUGUUCUGAGGGCUGGACCUUGUUCCAGUCAAAGUGCUACUACUUCUCCUCUCGGACUCUCUCCUGGAGCUCGAGUCGGGCCUGGUGUCAGACCCACAGAGCUGAGCUGGUCAUCAUUAACUCUGAAGAAGAGCAGAAUUUUACUCAUGAGACCAGUCAUAGGAUGGACCAGACCAACACUCGCCUGUGGAUCGGGAUGUCAGACAUCGUGCAGGAGGGAGACUGGCGCUGGGUCGAUGGACGGCAAGUUACAUCAAGUCCACAAUAUUGGCUGGACAGACCCGGAGUGGGGACUGAACCAGAUGACUGGAGGUCUGAGGACACUGAGGGAGAAGACUGUGGACACUUGGACACCAGUGAGGAGGUGCUGCAGUCCUGGAUGGACGGCUCCUGCAAGAUUUCAUACAGAUGGAUUUGUGAAAUGAAUGCAUAG